ACUGAUGUUAUUUUCCGAGUAUUUGCUUUCUGAUGAGCAAUGAUGAGUGGAUGCUCAUCAAAUCUAUUCGCUUUGUCCUGUGAAGGCUGUGAGAACUACUGUUUGUUUUGGUUUUUUUCAAUAUAUCUCAAAUUUAGUGCCUCAACACUGAUAUUCCUAUUUUAUGUUUUGUAACGGACCUCUCCCUUAUUUUUUGUAACAAAGAGGUGUUGUAGUUUGUUGAUAGCUAGCACUGUUCUUGAUUCCUCCCACUGCUGUUGUAUCACGUGUGCAUUUGAUUCCUCACGUCCAGUUGCCAAGGCAGCAGAUGCAAAAACAAAUUAGAUGAGCUUUGCAGAAGGUUUUAGGGAUCCUUUAGAACAAAAGGUCCCAGAUAAACACAUAGUCUUCGUGAGAACAUAAUUUAUCAGUCUGGUCAAAAGCAGUGUGGGAGUUUGGGUUUAGGGUUUGCAGCUGUUUUAUUUUAAAAUCCACUUUCUGCAAAUUUAGAGGAGCUUGUGAUAUUGGAAAGAUGUUGAACAAUGUGACAGCCUUUCAGUCAAACUAGGUUUUAUUUAUUUAUCUGUUUAUUAACUCCUUUUCACCUCCCUCUUCUAAUAGAAGGGCAUCCCUUUGUGGGAUUUAUUGUAAUUAAUUUGAGGGAUUGGAAUUGCCUGAACUGUAGUUCUGAGUCAUAGUUGAGCCUUUUGGAGCCUUCCUUCCCAGGGAACAUGGAAGACAGCUUUGGCUCUGUAUUUCUUUUGGAUGUAGUAGAUAUAUUAAUGUUAAUUAGUUAUAUUUCGAACUUACAAGCAUCCUGGUGUUAUCACAAUAUAAAUUUCAAUGCUUCAAAAGAACAUUACAGCAGAUUUGCGUAAUUGUGUCCUAAAUAGCAGCCUCUAAACCAAAUUUUAUUUAGCUUUUUGAUGUGAAUUUUUUGUGUUUACUGUUUCCUCUGUCAGAGUUUGUUUUCUCCAUUAAGUCAGCUCCCAGUUUCUGAGUGCAGAGUAUUUGGCAGUAUGUCCAAGGGGAGGGAAGCAUCUUGUGCUGGUUCUGAGCAUAAGGAGUUUUGAGACUGGCUGAUUUCUCAGGAGCAAGAAUCAACAUUUCAACAGCUUUCACUCUUCUUCUGGCUUUACAUUAAAAUGUUUUUUAGGAUGGACUCAGAGCUCCUGAGCAGGCUGCGCCAGGCCAACCAGGAGCUGCUGCAAAGGCUGAGAAUGAAGCAGGAGGAGAUCAGAAAAGUACUUCCCAGCAAGAAACUCCGUCCAGCAGCUCCUCAUGGCAGUACAGCUGCUGAGAGACGGAUCCCCUUGUCCAGGAGAGUGAAGGAAAAUGAGGCUGAUGCAGUAAAAUCUACAGCUGCCCCUGGAAUAGUGGUGUCUCUGGAACCCAGGGCUGGCCCAGCCCUCAGCUCAUCUCUUAAACACAGCAGCAGUGCCAGAGGGGUACAGCAACAGCAAGCAAAGACACAGGAAGGAGCAGGCCUCAAUUCCAACUUUCCUGGGAAAGAGAAGAGUGUUACGCCAGUGUCAGCAGUCACUAGGUGUGGCAGAGAAAUCUCCAGAGUGGGUGGGGAUGGUGGUGCUCAAGGAAGUCCAAAGAAAGAAUCCUUCUUCCUGGGACAUGGAGAGAACAGAAAACAGUCUGCUCUGCUGCGUGGUUUCCAUGAGAAAAGUCAUCCAGGGCCAUCACAAAAUAAAGAGACCAGUGAGCAUCAUGUGGUCAUCAAAGAGCCCCACAUCCCUAAAUCAGCCCUGCUGAUGUCUCCAUCCAAAGAGCCAAAGAAGGAAGCUCGCCAUGUGACUUUUCAGCCUGAGCCUGAAGAAGAUGCCAUACCUGUCAGCAGCUGGUCUGCCCAUCCUUUACUGGGCUAUGACUGGAUUGCAGGGCUUCUUGAUACAAAGUCUCCAGUAACAGAAAAAUCUGAGCAAUACUUUGCUGAGCUGCAGGAGUUCCGACAGUCCAACAGAGAAACCUGUAUUCAUCAGCAGCACCUGGAGCCCGAGGCUCUGGAUUGCACAAGUCCUGAAGAAGAACUGGAUUUGAUAAUUGGUUCUCAUAAGUGUGUUUACUGUUAUGGAUUAAACCAGCGCCUCUUCACCAUCCCUUUGGAUUCAGAAUCUGCCUGCCCUGUGUGUAAGAUCCCACGUAGCCAACAGCCCCCAGGGACACUGGAGGAGCCAGCCUAUGUCAGGGUCAGCAUUCCCAGGUCUGCCCUUUUGCCAGCCCACAAGUACAAAGCCCACCGCAGGAGGAGCUUUGAGCCAGCAGAUGACCUUGCCCUGCCCUCGCAUUGCAUGGCUGGCUGGGAAAACAUGGUUCCUUCCAGCAGCACCCUGCUCAGCAGUUUGGAUCUGAGAACCUCACUGGAAGAGAAGCCUUCUCCCUGUUCUCACCUGCACUCAGUGUCCAGAGUGUCAGGAGAAGCCAGAGCUGACAAGUUUCUACACCUGCCUCACUUGGCUCACCUGAGGUUCAGCAGAGCAAACCAGGACACCAGACAGCAGCUCUCAGUUCAGACCCCACUCCCUCAACACUCUGGAUCAUGACUUGAUUGCCCAGGGGAAGGGAUGGGCACAGCACGUGGAAACAGCUCAGAAACAAAGCAAUUUGGAUAAAAAUAAAUAUUUGGACAGAUUUCCCCCAGUUUUCAUAGUCAUGCACUUAUGUGAGCAACCAAUAUACAGAUCUGAGUUUGUACUCAGAUUUGUACAGACCUGAGUUUGUACAGUCACUGUGUUCACUUUGCAUUUUUUGCCUUUUACAGCUACUGAGCAGCUGCAUGAACUGUCCCAGCUAGGCUGGAUAAAGUCACGUGUGCAGGAUCUUCAGUGCAUCUGCCACCUCAGCUGAGUAACCAGGGUGGCAUUAACUCUGAAUGCCAGCUGAGGAGCUGGCCUGUGGAGGGCCUGGCUCAGUGGAGUGACACAAGUGUGUUUAUUUCCAGAUAUUUGAAAUACUACACACAGUUUUCUAGUGAGUUAAACUUGAGUUUCUCAAUGAUUUGUAAAAAUUUUUAAAAUUCCAUUUAUUCUCAGUGCAAUGUGUGCUACAGAGUGUAGUACAUCAGAGUAACUUUGAAUGUGAAAGAAAAGUUAAAGUAAAAUGAGAUUUUAUUCAUCAAUGAGCUAUGGUUGCAUAUUUUGCUUACCUCUACUGUUCCAAGUUUUCUGGAGAUAAACCAAAAAGCAUUUUAGAAUUUUUAAAUGGUACCAAACCAAACUACUCCACAUAGUGUGAUUUGUUUGAACUUUAUACACCAAUCUUACUUUCUGUGUCUGAAAACAAUAAAACUGAUGUUUUAUUUUACUUCGAA